AUGGAGUCGCUCAAGGCGCUCUUCGUCAAGCCCGAUCCUCAAGCGCAGCUGCGCAAGUGCAACGUGCUGCUGCGCUCCAACAUCCGCAAGCUCGACCGCGACAUUGCCAAUGCGAAGCGUGCCGAGCUGCAGGCCAAGAACCUGAUUUUGCAGGCCGACCGGCGGGCGCACCGCGACCCCUCGCGCGCGAAGCAGGCCCAGCGCGAAGUGCGUGACUUUGCCCGCGAGCUCAUCCGGGCGCGGCGGUCCAGCGCGCGCCUCGUGACGGGCCGGGCGCAGCUCAACAGCGUCCAGCUGCAGGUCAGCGAGGCCUUUGCCAUGCGCAAGAUCGAGGGCUCCAUCCGCGCCAGCGUCGGGAUCAUGCACGACGUCAACAGCCUGAUCCGCCUGCCCGAACUGGCCGGCACGAUGCAGGCGCUGAGCGUCGAGCUGAUGAAGGCCGGCAUCGUCGAGGAGAUGACCAACGACAUCCUGCCCGAGGAUGGCGACAUGCUGCUCGAGGACGAGGAUGUCGAGGCCGACUCCGAGGUCGACAAGGUUCUCGGCGAGAUUCUCAAGGACCGCAUGGCCACCACCGGCCAGAUGCCCGCCAUGCCCGCCUCGGCCGCCGUGCCGCCCGUCGCUGCCGCUGUCCCCGCCCAGGCUGCUCGUGCCAAGCCCGUCGCCAUGGCUGCCGGUGGUCCAUCGGCCAUGGAGGAGGACGAGGACGAGGACGAGGAGGACUCUGAGGCCAUGAUGAACCAGAUGCGCAACCGGCUUGAGUCGCUACGGAGCUAA